UGUUUUCUUUAUACCAGUCUACUUUGGGGAAUUCUAAGUCGCGUAAUGACAUGUCGCGUCAUGUUUUCGCAAGGGAAGGGUAAUACGUCUAUGCAUAAAAGCUUCAAAAAUUCAUCAACAAAAGACCAGAGCUCCCCCAGUUCCCUACGUCUGUCUUCAGCAUGUUGUUAACCGUCUUGUACAGCUUCCUCGUUGUUCACAACGCUUGGGCUCAGUCCAGCACGGUCGACGCGUAUAUCUCCACAGAAUCGCCGCUUGCAAAAGCAGGUUUACUCGCUAACAUUGGUCCUUCGGGAUCCAAGUCUUCGGGAGCUCUGUCGGGAAUAGUAAUCGCCUCGCCGUCAAACGUGAACCCCGACUAUCUGUAUACAUGGACCCGAGACUCUGCUCUUGUUUUCCAAACUAUCAUUGACCAAUUCACCCUUGGUCUUGAUACGACUUUGCGUAGCGAGAUCGACAACUACGUCGGAGCUCAGGCUAUCAUUCAACAGGUUUCCAACCCAUCCGGCACUAUUACCACUGGCGGUCUUGGUGAACCCAAGUUCAAUAUUGAUGAAACUGCUUUUACCGGAGCCUGGGGACGUCCGCAAAGAGAUGGCCCCGCCCUGCGUUCGAAUGCCCUGAUAACAUGGGCGAAUUAUCUCUUGACUGAGGACAACACCACUUAUGUCACCAAUACUCUGUGGCCCAUCAUUCAGAAUGAUCUCAACUAUGUCGCGGAAAAUUGGAAUCAAUCUACGUAUGACCUUUGGGAGGAAGUUGAUUCGUCCUCGUUCUUUACCACGGCCGUCCAGCAUCGCAGCUUGCGACAGGGUGUUCAACUAGCAAAUGCUAUCAGUCAGACGUCUGUUGUAUCGAGCUGGACUGCACAGGCCGAAAACCUGCUUUGCUUCCUUCAGUCCUUCUGGAAUACUGCAGGCUAUAUCACAGCCAACACUGGAGGCGGUAGAUCAGGCAAGGACGCGAACACAGUUCUUGCCAGCAUCCAUACUUUCGACGCCGCUGCUGGCUGUGAUGCUCUUACUUUCCAACCUUGCUCCGACGUCGCUUUAUCGAACUUGCUAACAUACGUCGACGCUUUCCGAUCCGUCUACUCUAUCAAUUCUGGAAUAGCUGAAAAUUCAGGUGUUGCCACUGGACGAUACCCAGAGGACUCGUACCAAGGUGGAAAUCCUUGGUAUCUGACUACACUUGCUGUCGCCGAGCUGCUCUAUGACUCCCUCACAGUCUGGAAUGCACAAGGAUCUCUCAAUGUCACUUCCCUUUCCCUUCCAUUUUUCCAAGUUUUCGACUCUUCCGUAACUGUAGGCAGCUACGCCUCGAGCACUAGUACCUUUACUACCCUUACUGCUGGCAUUCAAGACUAUGCUGACGCGUUCGUGGAAAUUGUGGCAAAAUAUACGCCCUCAGACGGUGAAUUAUCAGAACAGUAUUCCAAAACUGACGGGUCCCAACUGAGUGCUGUAGACCUGACCUGGAGCUAUGCCUCCGCUCUGACUGCCUUCGACGCUAGAGCGGGAGUCAUCCCGGCCAGCUGGGGCGCAAAAGGCUUAACCAGUACAUGUGGGAUUUCCACUGGAGGAGGAGGAGGAGGAGCAGGUACCGUUGCUGUCACAUUCAACGUCGAUGCUACCACUGUUUUCGGAGAAAACAUUUAUAUUUGCGGGUCCGUGGACGCCCUUCAAAACUGGGACCCGAACACCGCUUUGCUGUUGAGUUCUGCGGACUACCCCAUCUGGAGCAUUACGGUUAAUCUUCCUGCGAGCACGGACAUACAAUACAAGUAUGUUCGUAUUGACGGCUCUAGCAUCACCUGGGAAUCAGACCCGAACAUGGAGAUUACAACUCCUGCAAGUGGUACGUACAUCGAGAACGACACUUGGCGAUGAGUGGAGGGGAUAUCCUGAGUGUCUGAACGACCAAAAAUCCACCUUUUCGAUAUUUUGUAUUUUUCAGUUCGCUCACUUUCAUUGGAUCCUUUGUUUAUUCCUAUAUACACCACCUUGUUUCUUCGUCGACGAUACGAAAUGCGACCAUUCUUAGACAUAUGAUUGAGUGCCC